AUGUCACCCUUUGCAUCUGUCAUUCUUCCUUACUGUGUAUCCGCUCCGCCCGCAGUCCUGCAGGCCAUACAGGCGCUGGCCGCCUGUCACUGGUCCCAAAGCGAUCCAAGGUAUAGCGAACUUUCUCUGCGACUGAAGGCUCGGGUCUUGAACCAUCUUCGACAUCGCCUCAAUACGCAUCCCAAGGAUAUAGUCACAGAAGACCCCGAAAUCCUGGUUAUCAUGAUGUUCUUGUGCUUAUAUGAUAUUGUUGAUGACUGCAACCAGCAGUGGAUCAUACAUCUCCAAGGAGCAAAAGAUAUCAUUCGACUACGCCGGCGACAGCAAAUCGCGUUGAAAGGGGCCAAUCAAGAUGUACAGCAAGACGCAGUAUCAUCUUUCACUGAGCUUUUCUUUGCUUUUCAGGAUGUUAUGGGGCGAACUGCCUGUGGAAAGGCGGAGCUUUUCGGGUCAACCUAUUGGCGGGACGAAGACAUAACCAUAAAUACCUGGAUGGGCUGCAGUCCUGCUCUUGUAUCUAUUCUUUUCUCGAUCAUGGAUCUGAGUCGGUCUAGACGGCAAGUCAUCUCCGAAGAAGGUCACGAAACGUUCAACGCCAGAGCCGCCAGUCUGAUCAACAGACUGAAAGGUAUCAAGCAGGAGUCGCAAAUCGAUGGCGACAACCAAGUAAUCCAGAGAAUUGCCGAGCUGAAAAGAGUGACUUCUAUUGUCUAUCUGAACUGCGCAUUGUAUGGUUUGACACCAUCCGACUCCAUCACCAAGACCUACAUCCGCAGGAUAUUGAAAGAUAUUGUCGAGUUACUUGCAAUGGAACCAUCCUGUCAGGUCGUCUGGCCUCUUUUCGUCGCUGCUGUGGAACUUGAUCCUCUCGACUUUGCAAUCAUGCUAGAUCCGGAUACCGGGAAGAUGACGGACGGACGAAGACUUGUCUUGGAAUUACUCAUGAAGAUGAGCAAAAGCAGUGUUUCUAGUGUAACUCGAGCGCGUGUGGUUAUCGAGCAGGUGUGGAAAUCUCGCGACUUUUGUUUGUCGAAGUCUUCCCGGGAAAGGUCACCAGCGUCUAUCACGGAUCUGAAUGACUGGGAAGAAUAUGUUAUGCCUGUUAGUGAUGCUUUGAGUUUAGCGUAA